AUGCCAAGGCAAAAAGGAAGUGCCACAAUGGAGGAAUUGCUACCUGGUAAGAUAAGGAAAAGAGGGUGUUCUUCUUCAGCAUCAUCAUCCUCAUCAAUAAUUCAAAACUACAGAUUCAAGAGAGCAAUUUUGGUGGGCAAGAGGGGUGGAUCCAGUACACCAGUGCCCACAUGGAAGCUGAUGGGGAAGAGGACCCCAUCAUCUACACUGAGGGCCAUGGAGUCCUCACCAAAGUCACUAAAUGGAAAGGGAAAGCAGCAGCAGGCGCCAGUUUCAGCGAGGAAGCUGGCGGCUACUCUUUGGGAGAUGAACGAGAUGCCAUCGCCAAAAAUGAAGGAGGAAAUGGUGGAGGAGAGGAGGUUGAGGAAAGAGGGUAGAGGUAGAGAGAGGAGGUCGGUGCAUUCAGGUUCUUUGCCUCCUCAUUUGUCUGAUCCUUCUCAUAGUCCUGUUUCUGAGAGGAUUGAUCGAUCUGGAACUGGCAAUCGCCAUAGAAGAACGUCAUCGAUUUCUCAGAGGCUUAGGCUUAUGGACCAGAGUAUUGGAGCAUUUGAUUCUGUUAGCAAUGCCAGUUUAAUGGAGAUUGAGACUAGAUCUCGUGCCCAAACUCCUAGUGGAUCUACUGUCGGAGUUAAACCUCGUCUGAAGGAUGUUAGUAAUGCUUUGACUACAUCAAAGGAACUACUUAAGAUUAUCAACCGUGUAUGGGGUAAUGAAGAUAGGCCUUCAUCAAGCAUGUCUCUCAUCUCUGCCUUACAUGCUGAGCUUGAGAGGGCUCGUUUGCAGGUCAAUCACCUUAUUCAAGAACAGCGCUCAGACCAGAAUGAGAUAAACUAUCUAAUGAAGUGCUUUGCGGAAGAAAAGGCAGCAUGGAAAAACAAGGAGCAGAAGGUGGUUGAGGCUGCCAUUGAGUCCAUUGCAGGAGAACUUGACGUAGAGAAGAAGUUAAGAAGACGGUUUGAAAGCUUGAACAAGAAGCUGGGGAAGGAACUGGCUGAGACAAAGGCAUCUCUGUUGAAGGCAGUGAAAGAACUUGAGUGUGAGAAGAGAGCAAGAGUUGUAAUGGAGCAAGUAUGUGAUGAACUAGCCAGAGAUAUUGGUGACGAUAAAGCUGAAGUUGAAGAAUUGAAGAGGGAAUCUGUAAAACUUUGCGAAGAGGUUGAGAAGGAAAGGGAGAUGAUGCAGUUAGCUGAUGUGAUGCGCGAGGAGAGAGUCCACAUGAAACUUUCAGAAGCUAAAUAUCAGCUUGAGGAGAAAAAUGCAGCUGUUGAUAAACUUCGGAGUCAGCUUGAAGCUUUUCUACGAACCAAAAGAACUAAAGAAAAAGGGCGCAGUUCUUCUAGUCAUAUGAAUGAUGAAGAGAUAGCUGCUUACUUAAGUAAAAAUCGUUUUGUUUCCCAUCAGAGUGAAGUAAAUGAGGACGAUGGAGAAGUAGACGAUGUAAUGUUAUGUGAGGAAGGCUCUGCUGAAAGCGAUCUUCAUUCCAUAGAAUUGAAUAUGGAUAACAACAACAAAAGCUACAAGUGGGCUUAUCCUUCUGGAACUCCCCGUGAUUUGAGAAAGGCAGCAAUGGAUGAAGAAGACAUCAAAGGGAGGAAGUCUACCUCCAGCAAAUUACCCCGGAGAAGCACUUCUCUGCAAAGAAGCAUAUCAGAUGGAGUGGAAUGGGGAACCCAAAAUGAGAGAGUACUGUUUCCAGGAGACGGGAUAGAUUGGGGGAGGUUUUCUGAUCUGGAGAGGCAAGGGCAAGGAAGAGGUUAUGGAGAUGAAAUGCAUGGACAUCAAUCAAUGAAGGGUCUUAGGGACUACUUAUUGUCUGGUUCUAGGUUAGAUUCUCCAAGAGGGUAUGCUAGUUCUGUGCGACAAGUUGGGCAGCUGCGGUCCUCACGAGACCCUAUCAAUCUAGCUCAGGAGAGACCUCCUGUGAUACCAGGGAAUGUUUCCAAGUCAAGGCUGUCAGAGGCCAAAGCCGAAGGUGUGAAUUUGAGAAAAUCCAAAUGGUGA